CUAUUUAUUCGUGAGACUCGCUGGGCCUGGGCAGGGACGGCGCUCCGGGAGCUCACAUUGCCGCAUUGAUCUAUUAUGGGGUCGGAUUGGGGACAGUGCCAGCAGCUGCAGCGGAAAAGCAAGCAAUUUUUGGUCAAGUUCCUCGGCCUGGCGCUUCUUGUUGGCCUCUCCUCCCGUCUCCUCUUCUCCGGUUCCCCCAUGUUCACGCCGGCGAGCGAGUUGCCCUCCGAAUCCGUAGCGGAGAGAUCAGACUCGACGGCGGGGUUUUCUGAGGAGGCGUAUAAAGUACCAGCUUCAACAGACAAGUCUUCAAUUCCAGUUCCAGAAGCAGUCACAGAGGACCAGGUUUCAAAAGAUAAGUGUGAUCUCUUUACUGGAGAAUGGAUCCCAAAUCCUACUGGACCAACAUAUACCAAUGAAAGCUGCAGGUUUAUUGAAUCUCCUCAGAAUUGCAUGGUGAAUGGGCGUCCAGAUACAGGAUAUCUAUUCUGGAGAUGGAAGCCACAUGGGUGUGAUGUUCCUCCAUUCAGUGCUAAGAAAUUUCUGGGUGGUAUGCAAAACAAAUGUUUGGCACUAAUUGGCGACUCAAUUUUUCGCAACCAUGCACAGUCAUUGCUCUGUCUCCUUUCCAAGGUGGAAGAACCUGUUCUGGUUUUUCAUGAUGAUCACUACAGAUCAAGGAGAUGGCAUUUCCCCUUGCACAACUUCACGCUCUCGCUCAUCUGGAGCCCUUUCCUCCUUAAGGCCGAGACUUUUGAAGAUGAUAAUGGGCAGUGGUUUUUAAAAGCUGCAAUUUAUGUGGAGAAUAACGCAGUUAUCGGUUGCCACUAUUGCCCGAAACUAAAUUUAUCAGAACUUGGUGUUCAGUAUGUCUACAAGAAAACCCUCAACUCUUUAUUCCACUUUAUCAACACUUCAGAGCAUAAACCGACCGUCAUAUAUCGCACAUGGACGCCAGACCAUUUUGAGUUUGGCAAGUGGUCCAGUGGUGGAGUUUGCAACAGGACCGCACCGUAUAAGGUUGGGGAAUACACUGGUACAGAUUUGGACCGUGCCAUGCAGAACAUUGAGUUGGAGGAGUUCACCAAGGCAAUAAGAAUAGCAAAUGGGGCAAAGCUGAAACUCCUUGACACUUUCAAACUUUCAUUGUUGCGACCUGAUGCGCAUCCAGGACCUUACAGGACGUUCCAUCCAUUUGGCGACGAUAAAAACAAGAAAGUUCAGAAUGACUGCUUGCACUGGUGCUUGCCUGGUGCAAUCGAUACUUGGAAUGAGCUAAUUGUUGAGCUUAUAAAGGACUAGUGAAUUCAAGUUGCCUUUUUGCUGAUGGAACUUUGUUUCUUUAAUCCUCUACACUUGAAAUGGAAAUGCUUAUAAGCCAGUGUGUCAAAUUGAUGUAUUAGUAUUUAGCCUCCAUAUUACUAUAUUAGGUUUAAUUGUAAAUUUUCAUCUUUUAGAAACUCGAGUUAAUGGAAUCUGAAAUCUUAGCA